CACGCUUGAAAGUAAUGUAGCGAGUCAAAUGUUAUCAAAUUAAAUGUUUUAUAUUCUUCUUAAGAGAUGACAAAAGAGUUCAAGGGGACGUUCUUUCUCAACCAAAACUUUUAUGAGUCAAACUCCAGUGGAGUGUAGACCAUCGGAGUCCUCUCAGGAGGUCACAAGACGUCAGCCACAUGGAAAACUGACGUAUGAGUCACUCGUGGGUCACGUGAUCAAAGCCCUGAAGAAACUGCCCAUACAGCGAUCUCAACAGGAGCUUUAUGUCAUUUAUAAACUCCUGAAGGGAACCCACAGCGUGACUUCUCAGCUGAGCUCACAGGAGCUGAAACGGAUCAGUACCAUCACCACCAUCGAGACCUGGGAACGCGGACAGAUCAUCUUCGGCCAUAAUGGAUUUUACCUCAUUCUGACGGGCUCUGUGAAACCAUACAUUCGGGAAACCCAUAAAGAGGAUCAGAAAGUCUCUAUGAUUGCCGCUGGUGGUUCCUUUGGUUCUUUUGGAUCUGUGAACGCUUCAGACGGAGAUGCCAUCAUCCAAUGUGUCCUCACACUGGAGACCUGCGAGAUUCUGAAAAUAUCUUCCUUUGGCUGUCAGAAGCUAAAAAAGGACAUCUUGGCACAGGAUUGUGCGGUUAAAAUGACUUUGAUCCAAUCUUGCCAGCUAUACCUCCGUUGGCCAAAGCUUUCCAUUAGCCACCUGGCCGACGGCACCCAUCUAAAAACCUUCCCUGCUAAUCAAGUGCUGGUGAAGGAGGGAGAAAUCUGUCCAUUUGUGGUCUUCAUUGGUCACGGAGAAUGUAACAUCCUUCAGGACGUUGGGUCGUUACUGAAACCCAUGGACAAAAAGGAGUGCAAGAUUAAAUUUGUGCUGGUUGGUAAACUGGGGCCAAAGCAGUCGUUUGGAGAGGUCAGCAUCCUUGUGGACCGGCCCUCCCCGUGUACUCUUAUAACUGCCACUGAAGUUCACGGAGGAAUUAUUCAAGCAGAAUCUUUGAAAGAGCUGGACGCAGUGACCACCUCUCUUAUACUACAGACGGCGCAACCAAUAUGUGGAAUGCUCAGUAAGGACGAAGUCAUGAAGGAGUUCCUGACACAGGAGAGGAUGAAAAAAUGGGAACUUGAGAAGCAAAGGACACUAUCUGAUUCUCUGUUUUAUAACGCCAUUCACCCAGGAAGUGGCAAAUGGACUUUUAACCGAGGACCACAAGGAGUAACUGGGAAGAUCAAGACCUCCACAUAAAUAUUGGAAAUGCACACCCGAAUACAAACGUAAUGAUAUCCACUUCUCCACCUACACAUUCAAACACAAGCUCGUCCAAAUACAUCUACUGCCUUAAUAAAGACGAAAACCAGGACUUGGAAUCAAUGCAAAUGUGUCCAAAUCUACACCUUCUGUUUUCGCUUAAAACGGGAGUUCUAGAUCCCGUAGCUGUCACACGUUCCAGAAACACACUUACACACUUAUAUAUCAAGCAUCUCUGCUAAAACAUCCUUUCAACGCAUUAUAAAAGUAAAACGCUUGUCGUGGGGAUUUUCAACGCCCUACCAGGUGGAUCGAAAACGGAAAAUGUGUCACAGUUAAACCCACAUGGACUGACAAAAUUAGAUGCUUCUGUUGAACACAACCGAAGGCGAAUCAAACCACCUACCGCAAUGAUCCGAUCACUUCAUCCCACAAACCCACAGCGACGUCAGUUGACAGGAUCUUCCACGCUGUUUUGUUUUCCUUCAUGUCCUUUCAAAUAAAGCGUUGUGUUCAUGCUUUCAUGUCAGAGUGACGAAAGGAGGUGAUGAAUGGGUUUUAUGCUGGGCAUGUUUUCCUCUCAAUUCUACCAACACAGUUUCACUGAAAUUUCCUUACAGGAAUACCCCCUUUUUCCGUGUCAAGGCUUGUCCACACUGGGAUGAUAAUCGCACACGUUUAUCUGCGACAUUCAACGCCUGUUGAUUAAACAACGGGCGCCAAUGUGAGUGUGCACAAACGUGCAAAAGGCCAGUCGUAAAAGCGUCAUUUUUUUAAAUGCUUCCUUUUUUUGGUCUGAUGCGUCGCUUUAAAAACGGGCCGACCAAUGAGAUUGGUGCUUUUGUUGACAUGCCUGGAGCCGGUGAAGUUACAGUACAACAAGACUUGGUGGCGUCCAAGACAAAAUGGUCUUGUGUACUGGGGUUUUUUAUGUUUUUCAUUAAGCGCCAUCUAUGCCAGGGAGUGAAUUUGCACGUUCAAAUUGCUCGCCAGUGAAAAUCGUUUGGGUAUAAACGCCGAAAAAUGCUGCCGACGGUGGGGACAAGCCUUCAGUCAGCACGACCUUCAAUCUAAUGUAUUUUAUACGCAGUGUCUUUCAUAUGUAUAAAUAUAUAUAUAUACAUUCAAAAAAGGCCGUGCUCACUGACCUGAAAAUUUAAAGAUUCCAAAUUUUGUUUCUAUGCCAUGAACUGCCGUGUGACAGGGUUGGUUCUUCACUUGUCAGGAGUCAUCAUGAGUCAUCUGGGUGAAUAUUUUGAGACAGGGUUUUAAAUCAUAGGCUAAUGUAAACAAGUGCAAAGGCCUUGAAACAUCAACGUAUCAAAGAGAACCUGAAUUAUUGCGUUGCGUGGUAUCUACCAGACAGCAAUGUCUCGCAUGUGUUCUGUAAACUCAGAUGAUUUAGUUCUGCAGCUAAAUUCUGUUGCCUUCUGACAAAUCUUGAGUUAAUAAAUUCUCCAAGCCUAGAAUAGUGUGAGUUUGUUUUGGGUAGAGAAAUGUUAACCGGCCUCGGAUGGCUAAUCUCAUAUUGCCGUUUGAGUUCUAUGUAUAACCGUAAGCUUUUAUUUAGUCUGUGUCUGUUCUUGGAUAAUUGUGUCUGAUGGCCUUAGGUGACUGACUAUGCACAGCGCAUGAUCUGGUUGCUUAAUUUAAGUAAAUAUUAUGGUUGUUUGUGUGUUUGAUCGAUGUUUUUGAGUUUUUGUUGCUGUUUUGACUGCUUUAGUUUUCAAGCACCUCCAGCCAAAACACCAAAACCGACUUGCAUCAAAACCUAUGAUCAGGCUGCUUGGAUGUUUAUGUUUAUUUCAAAGUUCUUAGUCAUGGUUGUCUUUGCUAAUGUUAUAUUACUUUUACAGGUGGGCUUUAUUCUUGACAGUGUUAGGGCAGGUGGAUGCAUGUUUCUGUUUUGUGUAUGUGUUUAUUUGUUUGUUUGGGAAAGGCCAUGUAAAGUGUUCAAUAAAGUGUAGAGUGGGUUUGUACAUGAACCGAAAGGAUGUAAAGAGACUAAGUAAAAUACACUAUAAAAUGCCCCUUGACCUUGUGGCAACUGCUGGCUUUCGGGAAAUCUAUCAUUUUCACAGUAGGACUGAGAUAUUUUAC